AGAAUUUUAAGAGACAAUUUUAAUGAUUUUGCAUUUUGAAAAUAUUUAACUUUUCUUGUUUCAGUAAAUUCAUGACUGUAUUGUAGACAAACUAUUACUACUAGUAAAAUUUUUCAUAACUCGGGGUACUGGUGUAAACUUUAGUUUGAAGUUUAAAUUUAACACUAACAGUAAAGACAAGGUAUUUUCAAUGUCAUAUUCAAUUCAUGGUCAAGUUCAAAAUGCCUCGCUGUUUAUUCCAAACAAGCACUCUGACAUGACCACUGUGCCAACAGUACUAACAGCUGAUAGUUCCAAUCACCAAUUUAGAAGGUUUUCCAGUCAGACAGAUCCUGAUGAAAUAAACAUCAGCUCUCACUCUAACACCAUUUCUGAUGGAGGUGCAUUUGUUAGUGUUGAAGCCAGUAACUAUAGUGAUUUCCAGUCAGUUGAAGUUUCAACUUCAGCAGUUCUUCAUUACUGUAAGAGAAAAAUUUUAAUCCCAUACUUCAGACUUUUGGCUUUGCUUGGAUGGCGACCACUUCUUUCUCCUGGGACUCCUCAAGAUGUAAAUGUGUGUGUAAAGGUCUUUAAUACUGGCUAUACAAUUACUGUGCUUGCAUUUAUUGUGAUUGGUUAUAUCCUACAGUAUGCUGCAUGUUUUAGGAGAGAUGGAUUUGGACCCUAUGUGAUGGAAAGAUCUGUACUGCCACAGUUGAAAGUGACAUCUGCACGUCCAUCUUCACUAUUUCUUUACCAUUAUCCUCUGGAGUUUAAUAAUAGCUACUAUAAGCAUCUGUCUUUUCCAAUACAACCACAAACACAACAGCAUUGUAAUGGUAGUGCAGUCGGUAUCUAUAUUUUGCCUGAUGUUCUACACCUCUCCUCAUACAUAUAUGUUCUGUAUCAAAUGAGAGUGCCAGAAAGGGAGCAGCUGGAACAUCUAAUGGAAAGGGUUUUUCUACAGACAACAGUAACCCAUGCCUGGCACUUGUCACAGAGAAAAUUGAUUCGUAGACUUAGAGCAUUUUUAGGUAUGGGCCUUUGUUGGGUGUUACUGUCUGUCUCUCCACAAAUUCUUCACAUGAUGUCAGACUUUGAGAUUAAUUUUACAUGGAUGAACCCUCAUUAUAAUUUUCUACGAAUCUUAUUAAUUGUGCUGAUGCUGGUUACUCUGCUGUGGAAUGAUAUUGUUUGUGUUGCUAUAGCGACAAGCUAUUCUGUCCAUUGUCAGCUAAUAAUUUCUUACUUAGAAAAUAUUAGUUAUGCUGUUCGAGAAAAGACUCUCAGCUUCCAGGAAUUUUACAAGGAAAUCAUGGAAGCAAGAAAAUUUAUCAAUUACUUAAAUGAAGACCAAGCAGUUGGUGUUUCUCUUUUAAUAUUAAACUAUGGUUGUCAAACCACCACAGCUAUUUAUGGAUUUGUGAGUGAUACCAGUAAUUCUACUAGAGAUGUUUUUAUCUUCAUAUCGGUUCUUAGUUCUGUUGUAUUGUGGAUAAUUUUGUUGGCCUUUCCAGUUAUACAGGCAGCUCGUUUAACAAGCUCAUGCCGAGCACUUAGAAAACUUGGGCAUGAACUUCGGGCUCGUCCAUUUGGAUAUCAGGACACAAGUCAAGAUGAUUUGGAUUCUGUUCUACUUUACACUACUUCUUUAAAAAUGCAGGCAAAACUUUUUCGAACACCUGUCCGUGGAGCAUAUCUAAUUUUAGGGCUGACAGUUUUGUCUUUUAUCCUUCUGUUGUUAGCCCAAUUAAAUGACAUUCACCUGGGUUAAGCUUAUGAAACCUAAAUCAGUACAAAAUCCAGUAUCAAGUUGAAACAAUGGUGACACAAGUAAUAAAAAAAUAUGGUGUGUUUUGAGAAAACUUGUGUUCACAUUUUUAAAUGUCAGGAAAUAUGUCUCAAGUAAAGUAGAAAAGUGCCAGAAUAUUUUCAAUGAAUUUAAAAAAACCUUGAUCUUAAGAAGUAUAUUUACAACAAUGUGCAUUUAUAUUCUUAUUUGUAAAUGUAAGGAAAUCUCAAAAAGUGGUUAAUUGCAGUGUAACUUAUGGAGAUUGUCUUGCUGUAAACAAAGGGCAUAAAAAGAAAAUUUUAUCUCAAGGAUAUUUAGAGAACCAACAUUUUUUAAAGAUUUUUUAUUGUUUUUAUAUGUCAGUAAGUUUUGAAAUACUAUUUUUAAAUUGUUAUUAAAGUGCAAAUGUUAAAUUACCAACUGUAGUUAAACUGUUUCGUGAUGGUAAACCAGAAAUAUCGGAGGAUAAUUGUUUGAUAUUUGUGUUAGUUAAUAAAAUGUGCCUUCAUUAUCCUACCUUCAUAUUUUUGAAAAAUAUUAUGAUAGAUCAUAUCUAUAAAAGGAAACAUUUGCUGUUUUAAUUUUUGGAACAAAUGUCAAGUACCAUCUCAGAUACCUAAAGAUGAGGUAUUGUUAGAAUUACAAUCCGUUUCAGAUGAUCACUUUUACUGGACUAAAACAUUCCUGAAGAUGUACAAAAAAACUUUAGGUAAAAAAUGUG